AUGAGUGACGCUCUCUGUGGUCCGUCGAAUGCUCUCCAAAACUUCCAGAAAAAUGCGUCCGUUGAUCGGACUCUCCAACAGGAUAGGCUGGUUUCGCGACAGCCACAUUCACAGGGAUUCCGUUCACAAGCCGCCAGUCAAGGACUUUUAGACCCCGAGUUUGCUGCUUUUGAGUCCAAUUCAUCCGGCACGUCGCUUCCGAACUUACAGCAUGCACCAGGUCCCUUCAGUGUCCAUUCUCCGCAUCGUUUGGUGCCCCACUCCACAGACCAUGUGGAUUGGGCAGCAGACUUCCAAAGAUUGCAGCUUUCGGGGCCAUCGCAUGCGUUCGGUCAACGCGCCGGCCCUUCCGCCGUUUCCCAACAGGGUUGGCAAAAUGAGUUCUUAAACCAACAGCAACAAGGCCCCCCUACGCCGCAUCAGCAGCAGCAUCAGCGAUUUGCGCAAGGAUACCAACCUUCAUUUUCCCGGGGCUAUCCCCUGCAUACAACACCCACGACCGCUUUUCCCGCUGCGGGGUCCAUGGCCACCCAACAGCCGCCCGCAGAAACGUUUGAUGAAUCUGCGUUCGAAGCCGCGUUCGAGCAGGCAAGUGCCGACAUGAUGUCACAGAAUGUCGAAGACAUCCAGGAAAACAAGGAAGAGUCGGCCAACAGGGCUGCUCAGUCAGACACGCCCGCCGUAGACGAGCCUCGAGAGGCCAUAAGGAUCGGAUCGGAUACUAUUCCCCAAACCAACAACGAUGGGACACAAGCACAAGUCAACGAUGCGGACGAACUUGCCAGGACUGCAGGGCAUUUAUUAGAGAGUGUCAGCCACGAUCAAAGCCAGAAGUUCCGAGAAAGCAACUUCCUUGCUUUGAUGCGCCGUAUUCGCGAUCGCGAAGUCCAUGUCGAAGGAGACGAAUUCCGCGAAACUUUGCAGUCUUUACACCCUGGGGGCAAAUACUACCCAAAUGACCAGAAAGCCACGGAGCAGGAACGAGCCACAGUCUCGGCAGACUAUCAUAAGUACGCUUAUGUACCAAACAACAGAGGUAAGUCCCCUGGCGUACGGUGGAGAACAAGAGAGAUGUGUCCUGACCAGUAG